AACGAAACGCAUGUGAAUGUGUCGGACUAGAAUCUUGAACGAGAAAAGCAGCUUACAAUUACAACAAUUUUAGUAAACUUGUAACCACGAGUGAAAAGUAAUAUCCAAGCUAUUACUAUCAAAGUUCCAUCGUUAUUGAUUUAUUCCAAUAGUACUAUAGUAUUUUAAAAGAUUCGUCAGAAAAAUGACAUCACCGAAGGUGAACGAGAUCAAAUUAGACAUCGAAGAGUUGAACAGAUUUUUGGAUCAAGCAAGUCGACAUAGAACAAAAGACAUCCUUACUCUUGAAAUUCGAAGGCUUCAAACAGAGCUAAUCAAACUAUCUGAUGAAAAUAAGACGCCGAUAACCGAAAAACCCAAUCCCACUCCAGUUCUCAGUAACAAGUGCUACGAAGUUAAAUUGAACAACUAUGCCUGGGAUCAGUCUGAAAAAUUUAUAAAGAUCUACGUUGGUUUAAAAAAUGUUCAGUCCUUGCCAAAAGAAGCUGUAUACUGCAAUUUUACAGAAAGAUCCAUGGAUCUGCAUGCCAUGGGAUUAGAUAGUAGAAAUUACCUUCUGCCUAUCAAUAAUUUGUGCGAGGAGAUUAUCCCAGAGCAGAGUUACACCAAAGUAAAAACAGACUCGAUUGUGAUAUUCCUGGCAAAAAAAAUACCCAAAAAUUGGUCACAUGUUACUGGUGUUGAGAAAAGAAUAAAGGAAGCCAAAACACCAGCUGUGCCCGAUGUGGGUGAAAGUGAAGAUCCAAGUUCAAGUUUGAUGAACCUUAUGAAGAAGUUCUAUGAAGAAGGUGAUGACGAUAUGAAGAGAACAAUAGCGAAAGCGUGGACGGAGAGUCAAGAUAAAAAGAGUUCAGGCAUGCCUUCUAUUCCUUCGUUGUGAAAUGUAUAACCAAUUGAUGAUGUACGUUUUUUUAUGUUGAUACUAUACCAUAGGUUGUAGAUUAUUGUAUAUGUAAUCUGAAUUUUUCUGCGUAUAAAGUUCUCAUUUUCCUAGCA